AUGAGGUUGCACAAGCUGUUGUAUCUGGAAAAGAAACACAUCCAAAUUAGCAUCCUUAUCAUCUUUUUCACCCUGCAGCUGGUAAAGUCAGGUACUGUCCCAGAAGAAUCAAGGUAUGAAGACUGCAAACCCAGAAACUGCGGCAGUGGCCCAGAUAUAAGCUACCCUUUUUACGUCCAAGGCGCCGGAGGAGACUUUUGCGGUGAGCCAGCGUUUGAGAUUGUGUGCAUGGAUAACAAACCUAUGCAUUGGACCUCAAGCGGCCCCUACAUCAUCAAGAAUAUAUCAUAUGAAAACCAGUCAAUUCUUUUGGUUGCUGCAGAACUUGUGAAUGCUCCUUGCUUUGCUCCUUCUCAGAGAUUCGCAUUUGCGCACAACUCUCCCUUCAAGUUUACCUCCAAACAUGCCGAUCUUCUAUUCUCUUACGGAUGCAACAAAUCAUUUGCAGUUUUUGGUUUCGAGACAUCUUUGGUUUCUUGCGCUUCCAAUUCCAGUUAUAAAUCCUUCGUUGCUUUGCUACCUAAGGCUGUGAAGAUCAAUGAUGGCUGCAUUUCUGACGUGUUUGUACCUGUUGAUUUGGAAGGAGAUCGAUCUAAUCAAACCAUAAAAAAUGUGGACUAUGUUCAGCUGUUGAAGAAUGGAUUUACUUUAGAAUGGCACGGACGUGGCUGCGGAAACUUCUGUACGGAAAGCGGUGGUCGAUGCAGACAAGAAAAUGGAGUCGCUGUAUGCUAUUGCCCUGAUGGAACAACCCAUCCGACAAAAUGCAAACAAGGUAAUUUAAUUUAA